UAAUAGCCAAGAGCCUGGUUCCUGCAGGAACCUGAGAGAGGCAGGAGCAUCAUCAGCCAGCUGGGGGCUGACCUGAUUCCCUAGAAUCCUCAUCUGUCUUCCUCUUCCCUCCGAACGUCCUUCCUUUCCUUUUUCUCACCGUCCCCCACCCUCGCGUGUCUCUUCCCCAGAUAAGCAGCGCCUGGAAACAAAGAGCUGGGGCUCUCCAGACCUCAGCGCUGGAAACCAGGGCUCUGUGAGCCGCAUCUCAUUCUGGGACCAGGGCUCGCAGGCUCUGCGUCCCCUCCCCAACCUCCUCCGCCUCCCGCGCUCGCUCGCUGCUCCCUCCCCGCUCGCUCGCUGCCACCCCCACCAUCACAGCGCUGGGAGGAAGGCGGCCCGGGCUCAAGAUGGCUUUAGCCGGGCUCUGCGCCCUGCUCGCCUGCUGCUUGGGGCCGGCUGCGGUGCUAGCCACCGCCUCCAGCGAAGUGGAUCCAUCCAAGGAGCUGGAGUGCAAGCUCAAGAGCAUCACCGUGUCAGCGCUGCCCUUUCUGCGUGAGAACGACCUGAGCAUCAUGCACAGUCCCUCGGCCUCCGAACCCAAGCUCCUCUUCUCGGUGCGCAAUGACUUCCCCGGAGAAAUGGUCGUGGUGGACGACCUGGAGAACACCGAACUGCCCUACUUCGUGUUGGAGAUCUCAGGGAACACAGAGGACAUCCCUCUGGUGCGUUGGAGGCAGCAAUGGCUGGAGAAUGGUACUUUGCUUUUUCACAUACAUCACCAAGACGGUGCCCCAAGUCUGCCUGGACAAGACCCAACGGAAGAACCCCAGCAUGAGUCAGCAGAAGAGGAACUGAGGAUCCUCCACAUCUCAGUGAUGGGUGGCAUGAUUGCUCUGCUGCUGUCCAUCUUGUGCCUCGUGAUGAUCCUGUAUACUCGCAGGCGCUGGUGCAAACGUCGAAGGGUCCCUCAGCCCCAGAAGAGUGCCAGUGCUGAGGCAGCCAAUGAGAUUCAUUACAUCCCGUCUGUGCUCAUUGGAGGCCACGGUCGGGAGAGUCUGCGCAAUGCCCGUGUGCAGGGCCACAACUCCAGCGGCACCCUAAGCAUCCGGGAGACACCCAUCUUGGAUGGCUAUGAGUAUGACAUCACAGACCUGCGUCACCACCUGCAGAGGGAAUGCAUGAAUGGAGGGGAGGACUUUGCCAGCCAGGUCACACGUACCUUGGACUCCUUGCAGGGCUGCAAUGAGAAGUCUGGGAUGGACCUCACACCAGGAAGUGACAAUGCCAAGCUGUCCCUGAUGAACAAGUAUAAGGACAAUAUCAUAGCCACCAGCCCCGUGGACUCCAACCACCAGCAGGCCACUCUGCUCUCCCACACCUCCAGUAGCCAGAGAAAGCGAAUCAACAACAAAGCAAGAGCUGGUUCUGCCUUUUUAAAUCCUGAAGGGGAUUCUGGCACAGAGGCAGAAAACGACCCUCAGCUGACCUUCUACACGGACCCCUCUAGGAGCCGGAGGCGUAGUCGAGUGGGCUCUCCCCGAAGUCCUGUGAAUAAAACCACCUUGACCCUGAUCAGCAUCACCAGCUGUGUGAUUGGCCUGGUGUGCUCCUCUCACGUCAGCUGCCCUCUCGUAGUCAAAAUCACCCUUCAUGUUCCCGAACAUCUGAUUGCUGAUGGGAGCCGCUUCAUCUUGCUGGAGGGGAGCCAGCUGGAUGCCAGUGACUGGCUGAACCCUGCCCAAGUGGUUCUUUUCUCUCAGCAGAACUCCAGUGGGCCCUGGGCCAUGGACCUCUGUGCCCGGCGGCUCCUGGACCCUUGUGAACACCAAUGUGACCCCGAAACUGGUAGGCGGGAGCACCGGGCAGCGGGGGAAUGCCUGUGCUACGAAGGCUACAUGAAGGAUCCUGUCCAUAAGCACCUUUGCAUUCGGAAUGAAUGGGGAACAAACCAGGGACCUUGGCCUUACACAAUAUUUCAGCGAGGCUUUGACCUGGUUUUGGGAGAACAACCCUCUGAUAAAAUAUUCAGAUUCACCUAUACACUUGGGGAGGGCAUGUGGCUGCCCCUCAGCAAGAGUUUUGUGAUUCCUCCAGCUGAACUGGCCAUCAAUCCAUCAGCAAAGUGUAAGACGGACAUGACUGUGAUGGAAGAUGCGGUAGAGGUCAGAGAGGAACUGAUGACAUCAUCAUCCUUUGACAGCCUGGAGGUCCUCUUGGAUUCGUUUGGGCCAGUACGUGACUGCAGCAAAGAUAAUGGAGGCUGCAGUAAGAAUUUCCGCUGCAUUUCAGAUCGUAAAUUGGACUCUACUGGUUGUGUGUGCCCCUCCGGACUCAGCCCCAUGAAGGACAGCUCAGGGUGCUAUGACCGGCACAUCGGGGUGGACUGCUCAGAUGGCUUCAACGGAGGCUGUGAACAGCUGUGUCUCCAGCAGAUGGCGCCAUUCCCGGAUGACCCUACCUUGUAUAACAUCCUCAUGUUCUGUGGGUGCAUCGAGGACUACAAACUUGGUGUGGAUGGACGCUCUUGCCAACUUGUCACAGAGACCUGUCUGGAGGGAGGUGACUGUGGGGAAAGCAGGGAAGUUCCUAUGAACCAGACUCUCUUUGGGGAGAUGUUCUUUGGUUACAACAACCAGUCCAAGGAAGUGGCCACUGGACAGGUGCUGAAAGGAACAUUCAGGCAAAACAACUUUGCUCGUGGUUUGGACCAGCAACUGCCUGAUGGUCUUGUGGUGGCCACUGUCCCUCUGGAGAAUCAGUGCCUCGAGGAAAUCUCAGAGCCCACCCCUGACCCCGACUUCCUGACUGGGAUGGUGAACUUCAGUGAAGUGUCUGGAUACCCUGUACUGCAGCACUGGAAGGUUCGGUCUGUGAUGUACCACAUCAAACUCAACCAAGCAUCUCUCUCCCAGGCCUUCAACAAUGCUCUCCACUCCCUGGACGGGGCUACAUCUCGUGCAGAUUUUGUGGCCUUGUUGGAUCAGUUUGGCAACCAUUACAUCCAAGAAGCCGUCUAUGGCUUUGAGGAGUCCUGUUCUAUUUGGUACCCAAAUAAACAAGUCCAGCGUCGACUCUGGCUGGAAUAUGAAGACAUCAGUAAAGGCAAUUCCCCAUCUGAUGAGUCGGAAGAGCGGGAAAGAGAUCCCAAGGUGCUGACAUUCCCAGAAUACAUCGUUAGCCUGUCAGACUCUGGUACCAAGCGCAUGGCAGCUGGAGUCCGCAUGGAAUGCCAGAGCAAAGGGCGAUGUCCCUCAUCCUGUCCUUUGUGUCAUGUGACAUCAAGCUCUGACACCCCUGCUGAGCCAGUUUUGCUGGAGGUGACCAGAGCAUCCCCCAUCUAUGAACUGGUGACCAACAACCAGACCCAGAGGCUCUUACAGGAGGCCACCAUGAGCUCUCUCUGGUGCUCAGGGACUGGAGAUGUCAUUGAAGACUGGUGUCGAUGUGACUCUACUGCUUUUGGAGCUGAUGGACUCCCCACCUGUGCACCUCUCCCACAGCCUGUGCUGAGACUUUCCACGGUGCAUGAACCCAGCAGCACCCUUGUAGUCCUGGAGUGGGAACAUUCUGAGCCACCCAUUGGGGUGCAGAUUGUAGACUACCUCAUUCGUCAAGAGAAAGUCACCGACAGGAUGGACCACUCCAAAGUAGAGACAGAAACAGUGCUGAGCUUUGUAGACGACAUCAUCUCUGGAGCAAAGGCCCCUUGUGCCAUGCCAUCUCAGGUGCCAGACAAGCAACUCACUACCAUUUCUCUCAUCAUCAGAUGCUUGGAACCUGAUACCAUUUACAUGUUUACCCUAUGGGGAGUGGACAACACAGGACGGCGCUCCAGGCCAAGUGAUGUGAUCGUGAAGACCCCAUGUCCUGUGGUGGAUGAUGUCAAAGCCCAAGAAAUAGCAGACAAGAUCUAUAAUCUCUUCAAUGGCUAUACCAGUGGGAAGGAGCAGCAGACUGCCUACAAUACCCUUCUGGAUCUGGGUUCUCCCACGUUGCACCGAGUCCUCUACCACUACAACCAACACUAUGAGAGCUUUGGGGAAUUUACCUGGCGGUGUGAGGAUGAACUAGGCCCCAGGAAAGCAGGCCUCAUUCUUUCUCAGCUUGGGGAUCUCAGCAGUUGGUGCAACGGACUCCUUCAGGAGCCCAAGAUAAGCUUGCGGCGUGGCACACUCAAGUACCUGGGCUGCCGCUACAGUGAGAUCAAACCUUACGGACUGGAUUGGUCAGAGCUCAGCCGGGACCUCAGGAAGACAUGUGAGGAGCAGACCCUGAGUGUUCCCUACAAUGACUAUGGGGACAGCAAAGACAUCUAGCACCAUGGGACCAGGGAGUGGCUGCCAAAAGAAAUCAGGAGAGACGAGAGGGACAUCUGGGUUGAUUUGUGGAUUUUAAAACAUUUUUUAAUGGAACAUCCAAAGCUCCACAGGAACCUUCUAAACCAGGAAGAACAUGAUUCUUGCUCCCUGCAGGACUUCUCCAGUGUGAUGUUCUCCACCUGCAUGAUCAGUAAACCCGCCAACCAGUGGCUUCAUGCAGCACUGUCUUUUCUUAGAGGAUUACCUUGGAAUUAACUUUGGUAUUAAUUUGUUUCAUGCAUUUUUUUUCUCCAAGAAGUUUAUCAAGAUGCUCAAGAAUGUCAUUCUCCUUCCCACAAAAAGUCUAGGGUUGAAGCCCCUCUGCUUUAUGGGUUUCUGAAUCUAUUCCACAUGGGAACAGAGGUGAGGGCAGAAAGCUCCCUGUGCCUCAUGCCACAGCUCAGGCACUCCUAAGAAGUAUCUCAUACUGGGAGCCAAAACCCUGUGCACAGAGAAAGAUAAUGAGAAAAUCGGGACUGGGCUUGCCAAGUGUCUGUUCCUUAUGGGUUUUCUCUCGGACUUCCUUGUGGCUCUUUUCACACCUCACAGUUGAAUCUGGUGUCCACUACAGGUCCAGUAGGCCUCUGGGGUUUUAGGUUUUCCCCUAGUUAAGCUGGGACUGGAAUUAAAUCUUCCUCUGGCAGGUGUCUGUCCUUCCCUCUGAACAGUGUGAUCUUUGAGAGGCAAUGAGGUAACACCUGUCAAAUACACCUCAUAAGAAGUCUGCUACAAGACCAUGCAGCAGCCCCUAGGGAGUAGGCAGAGUUUAUUGUUUCAAAAAUUGUGCACUUCUAGACCACCAACAUAGACCCAAAGGCCUUGAUUCUGAUUAGUUCUGGGCCUAAUAGCCUGAACAGAAAGGACUUGGCUGGUGUUUGGUUCAAUCCGAGAGGGAGAUUCUUCCCUGUCAGUGUUUUGGUGAAUUUAAGCUAUUACCAAUCUAAAAAAUACUCCUGUCUACCAGUGCUAAAUUUUCUUAAUUACAUUGCAAAUGUUGCCAGUCUUUUCUCUGAUGACCAUUAGCAGGAUUCUGACAUUGUACUGCCCAUUCCCCUAGUUGCUGGGAACAUAAAAACUUCUGUGUAAACUAGCGCUCUCUGCAAUUCUUUCUACUUACUGCCCAACAAGGGCAUGGUGACCCAGUUAAGAAGAAGACUAGCCUUUCAGAAACAGCCUUCCAGGGUCCUGUUGACUAGCAAUGGCCCAACUCACUUUCAGUCAGCUAGUCUUGACCAGGACUCUUCAAGUAGAAACACAUGGCACAAGUCAGGGAAAGGCACUACAUCCACAAGACCAUGCUUGGGCCUUAUUGAUGAUUUCCAACCAGAAAUAAUGACAGAGAACAUUGAUUAAGAUUUUGCUGCAUGAUUGAUGUGAUUGUAAACACUUUAACUGAAUUCUUACAGCUAUCCUUUAAAGAAAGUGCUAUUCUUACCUAGCUUUUAGCGAUAAGGGAACUUUAGCAGGAAGGUUGCUAGAUUUACCCCAGAUAUCUCAUACAUUUUUAUGCCUGAGCCACAAGAUAAGUUCAGAUGUCUCCAGAGCACAGGACUUUUACCACCCUGUGAUCCUCAGCACUGUCUUGUGUUGCCUGAAGCAUACAGUUGUCCAGGCUCUAAGCUCCACAGGGGACCUGCCCAGAGGGCUUCACCUUCCCAAGGUACCAAGCACAGAUGUGCCCACUGUGCAGUAUAAAGGGGAAGAUCCAAAGUACACCCACAGUCUUUGGAGUUAGGGUACAUUUGAUACCCUAAGUGCAGCAGCACACUGCCUUUCUUACCAGUAAAUAGAGAUGAGGUUAAAUUGCAGGCUGGUCUCAUUCCUCUUGCUUCUUUCCCAAGAAAUAUUGGUAGGUUUAUCUUAGACAUUCUGAAUCACAGAUUCCCUUACUUUUAGAGCAAAAGAUAACUGAAAAUUUGGCUGUCCCACCUGUGGUCAAUGCAGGGGCUUCAGUUAAAUUGCAUCAAGGGGCAAGCUGUUCAGCAUUGCUAGAGAAUAGGAUGGACCAAUAGGGCAGAGUGUGCAGCUUCCCUUGCUGCUAUAGUUUUGCUAUUCAGCUACUCAAGCCCAUGGUGAAAAUUGUGUCUUGACUUUGAACAGAAUGAUGCUGAGACUGUCAAUGCCUUCUUGCCCCUGUGGUGUUGAGAUGGAAGCUUAUGGGGCAAGGAAGUGGCAUUGGGGUCACCCCUCUGUUACUCCCAUGAUGCUUCUGUUUCAGGCACAUUCUCUUCCUCUCUCCUAUCUGCUGCCCUGCUCUCCUUCCACCUCCCACUCAUCUGCUUCAUACUUCAUCUUUUUCUUCAUUUUAGUGACCUUCCUCUUCCCUCACUUCCUCUUGAUUGUCUUACUCCUUUAAUGUGCUCUUGUGUGUGCAUGUAUGUGCACCCCCACUCCCACACACAACACACAAAACUCCUAUGACUGGUGCAAUUUAUUUAUGACUUGAAAAGGCCAACACGAAUGGAUUAGAGGUGGUCUUGAGAUGGUUAUACAAGUUACUGGAGGAUGUUUACCUUUGAAGAGAUAGAGAACACACCCUGCCCAGGAUUCUCAAUUCUUGCCUGGAUGAAUUCAUCCUGUCUAGAAAGGCAAAUGCUACCUUGCCAGUAUUAAACCCCAAAUUUUCAAGCUGCCAAACAGGUCUUAAGGGAAUCACUUCCAUAAACCAAUACACCUCCAGGUCCUUUUCCCAUUGAGACCUCUGUUGUUUCCUCUUGAAUAUUCUCAACUAUUGUACAGCAUCAGACCUUUAACUGCGUGUGCAACUAUUUCCCAUGAAGUUUGGUCCAUUCAUUA